GAGUCAGGUUUCAGCUUUGCGAGGGCCCCUUGAGUCCCGACGCACUGAAGCUGCCUUUGUUUGACUGGAAACCAGAGAGAGAGAGAGAGAGAGAGAGCAACAGAUAGGAGGAGGAGAGUGAGAGGAUUUUAGUUUGGAGUAAGUGGGGAAGUGAGUCAGAGUGGGUUACAUCUCUCUCUCUAUCACACUCACACAUGAACAGGGCAAGUUUAGCGUGGAUCUAAGCUCACCAUCACUGAAGAUGUCUUCACGCAUUCCUCCCUGGUUCUUUGGAUUAUCUCUACUAGUCCUCCGGUUCUGUUGCCGUCACUCCUCUGCCUAUCAGCUGCUGGACGACCGUGGCUCUCAGGGAGCCUUGGACCUCACGGAGUUGAUCGGCGUUCCCCUCCCCCCCUCCGUCUCCUUUGUUACCGGUUUUGAGGGUUACCCUGCCUACAGCUUCGGACCGGAUGCCAAUGUGGGCCGCCUCACAAAGUCGUUCAUCCCCGACCCAUUCUACUAUGACUUCGCCGUCACCGUCAUAGCUAAACCCACCACACGGCAGGGCGGCGUGCUGUUCGCCAUUACAGAUGCGUAUCAAAAAAUUGUACACUUAGGUAUAGCGCUGUCAGAAGUGGAAGAUGGUUCCCAGAGAGUUGUGUUGUACUACACUGACCCAGGAACGACAGCCGGGACCCAAGUAGCAGCUUCUUUCAAAAUGGGGGACCUGACAGGAAGAUGGGCUAGGUUUACCCUGACCGUACAGGAGGCAGAGGUGCGUCUCUACAUGGACUGCGAGGAAUACCACCGAGUUGACUUCACCAGGAGUCCUCAGCCGCUGACCUUCGAAGCCAGCUCGGGGAUCUUCGUGGGGAACGCCGGGGGUACAGGCCUGGCGAGGUUUGUGGGCUCCAUCCAGCAGCUGGUGUUGAAGUCGAGUCCCACGGCCCCGGAUGACCAGUGCGAGGAGGACGAUCCCUAUGCCUCCGGUUACGGAAGUGGUGAUGACGCCUACGAGGCGGCUGAAGAGAGAGAGGAAGUGAAGAAGAUCGUGGAGGAGAGAGAGUAUACCAUGGCCCUACCAGACCUGGACCCCACUUACAGCGCCCCGGUCCGAGCGCCGCCCACCGAGAGGUCAGUUUUCGGCGGCGAUGAUGACGAAGAAGACGUCGAGGAGACUUCUGGCCAGGAGGAGGAGAUGACCACAGUUAGAGUGCAGUCGCCUCAGAGAGCUACUCCGGCCUCCACUCUGGACACUUCCCUCCAGAUGUCUCCGGGGCAGAAAGGGGAGCGUGGGGAGCCAGGCCCAGCCGGUCCCCCCGGACCCUCCGGCCCUCCAGGACGAGCCUCGGGAGAGGGAGAGGGAGGGGAGCCGGGACCACGCGGUCCACAGGGGCCACAGGGACAUCCAGGCUCACCUGGAGCGCCGGGGAAAGAUGGACAGCCUGGAAGCAAAGGUGAAACUGGUUUACCAGGAGCAACCGGGAUUCCGGGAUUCCCAGGACUUCAGGGCGAGCCUGGUCUUAAGGGAGAAAAGGGUGAUCCUGGUGUUGGAUUACCAGGGCCGCCCGGACCUCCGGGUCGAUCAAGCAAGUCUUCCCUGUUCCUGGAGGGGUCAGGAUUUGAAGACUUUGACACUGAUGCAGAAAUCCUUAGGGGGCCUCCAGGGCCUCCUGGCCCCCCAGGACAACCGGGGCCCCCAGGAACCCCAUCAGGGGACAUAUUGCCCAGACCAACUGGGGCCCCUGGGAAAGAUGGGAAGGAUGGACAGAAGGGUGAACCUGGACUCCCCGUGAUUGAGGAGUGGUUUAUUGGCUCUGGGUCUGGGUCUGGGUCUGGGUCUGGUCAGGGAGUCGACGGAAAAGAGGGCGAUACGGGGCCUGCCGGGGAGAAGGGAGACAAGGGAGAGCCUGGUGUUAGCGGGCAACCAGGACUAAAGGGAGAUCAGGGCCCUCCAGGGUUCCCAGGCCUUCCAGGGGAAGAAGGUACCGAAGGGCAGCCUGGUCCCAGGGGUCCACCUGGCCCAGCUGGGCCCCCGGGACCCCCUGGAAGGGGCUUCAUCUUGGACUAUGAGGACUUAGAAGGAUCUGCGAUGCACAGCGGUUUUGGAGCUGGAUUCUCCAAAGGCCCACAGGGUCCUCAAGGAAUCCCUGGACUUCCAGGGCCCAAGGGUAAAGAUGGUUUAGACGGCUCUCCGGGAGAGCCAGGGCAAAAGGGGGAGCCAGGUGCUACAGGACCCGCGGGUUUUCCAGGACAGGAGGGACUAAAAGGGGCAGAGGGACCAAAGGGGGACAAAGGUGAUCCAGGACAAAAGGGCGAGGUGGGACGGGACGGACUCAGUAUUACCGGCCCUCCAGGACCCCCUGGACCACCAGGGCCCAUUAUCAACCUCCAGGAUCUCCUACUUAAUGAUACAGAUGGUGCCUUCAACUUCUCAGGGAUUUUUGAGGCUCAGGGACUUGCUGGACCACAGGGUCCAAAGGGUGACGUUGGGUUACGAGGUGUUCAAGGACCUCCGGGACUGAAAGGUGAAAAGGGCGAGCCGGGACAGGUCAUUGCAGCUGAUGGAUCUAUGGUGUCAAGUCUGGCUGGUCCAGUAGGGCCCAAAGGAGUCAAGGGAGAUAACGGUGUACCUGGACCCCCUGGAAUUCCAGGACCUAUGGGACCCCCAGGACCAAAAGGAGAAUAUGGUUUUUCUGGAAGACCUGGUCGUCCAGGCCUGAUGGGACAAAAAGGAGAGAGAGGGGACUCUGUCGGGCUGCCGGGACCUCCUGGCCCCCCUGGACCUCCUGGCCGCCCAGGAAUAUUCAACUGCCCCAAGGGAACAGUGUUCCCCAUCCCUCCCAGACCUCACUGCAAAAUGGCUCUUAAUCCCAAUGGAUCCAUUGCAUUUGGAAACUGUCAGACGGGACUAAAAGGAGAAAAGGGGGAGAGGGGCGUUCCCGGGAUAUCAGCUCCACCAAACACAUUUCUUCCCAGUGGAGGCUGGGGGGCAAGAGGUGACCAGGGUCUCAAAGGGGAGAAGGGAGACAAGGGGGAGGCAGGCAUGCCAGGGCUACCAGGUAUCCCUGGGAGACAAGGACUGGUGGGGCCCAAAGGAGAGUCGGUUCUCGGUCCUCCAGGUAGCCCCGGGGUGCCGGGCUCCCCUGGCGUCCCAGGCUAUGGGAGACCAGGUCCUGUUGGUCCCCCUGGGCCACCAGGGCCUCCAGGACCAGGAUACGGCUCAGCAGCUCUGACCAUGGCUGGCCCCCCUGGACCUCCUGGACCACCCGGACCUCCUGGAUCUUCGGGUAACACAGCAUCCCUGAAAAUGUUUCCGACCCGUGAGAGUAUGAUGCAGCAAACCCUCAGGGAUGCAGAGGGAACUCUGGCGUACGUCACGGUAACGGGAAGUCUGUUCCUCAAGGUCUCCCAGGGAUGGAAAGAGAUUCAGCUUGGCAGUCUGAUCUACCUCUCCAAUAAUAUCGUACCACAAGAUGAGCCUCGAGUUGCAUUUCAGAUAAGAGGAGACACGGUGGAAAGAAUCAGUUCAGUUAAAACGAGGCUCAACCUGGUGGCCUUGAACCAGCCCCACUCGGGGGACAUGAUGGGGCUCGACACGGUCGACCGGAUGUGUUACGAGCAGGCCAAGGCGAUGGGUCUGGCUCCAAACUACCGUGCCUUCAUUUCGUCUCACAGGCAAGACCUGGUCCACGUGGUCUACCCUGGUUUCCGUGAAACUCUGCCAGUUACCAAUCUCAGGGGAGAUAUGAUGUUCAGGAACUGGCGAUCCAUUUUCAACGGCGAUGGGGGCCCAAUCAAUUCCAGGAUACCAAUCUACUCCUUUGACGGCCGAGAUGUUUUAGCGGACCCUUUCUGGCCUCAGAAGAGCAUCUGGCACGGCUCCACCAGCAGGGGUUUCCGAGUGGUGGACAAACACUGCGAGACGUGGCGAGCGGACCACAUGUCCGUCAUGGGCCAGUCGUCCAGCCUGACCUCAGGUCUGCUCCUGGGCCAGCAGACGCGAAGCUGUUCCAGCGAGCACAUUGUCCUUUGCAUUGAGACCCACAAAAACCCUUAAAUCCCCUCCCAACCCCCACACCCCAUACCACUCCACCAAAGAACCCAUCUCAGCCACCUUAAAUGGUAAACACUCGGGGAAAAGAUUUGUCUUUCCUCGCAAAGAACGUCAUUUUUAUCACAUCACUGGUGCUAUGUGUAGCAUUUUGUGGGUUUUUUUUAAAACAGAGGACCACAUUUAACACCCUUUCCUUCGCUAAGAUGAUGUUAAUACUUAUUUUUUUUCUCCUUCUGAAAUCACACUGUGUUCUUUCUGAGGAGUGAGAAAAGUAACAAACUCAUGACAACAGCAAAGACAUAUUCUGGGAUGGUAAGCUAGGGAGUUGAUGCUACGCUCUGGAAAUGGAAGCAUUUUGCUUGCGAAGCAAAAUUUUGCACCAUAAAGGAAAUGUCCCUGUGUGUUGUAAAGCAGUAUGAUAGGUUUCUCAUUAACUCCAACCCUGUGGCACAUAGUGUAAAAGGCAACACAGAGCCUGAUGAAGGCUGAAAGCCUUCUGAGCAAUAGUCAUAUUAAUUCAUAGCAGCAGUACAAUCCUCUCACACUGAAUGUUGUGAUGAUUUAUUAUGUUAAAAAUGAUACACGCAGCACCUUUUAACCUUUUUAUUCCAAAAAAAAAAAAAAAAAAAAGUGGACUAAGUUGCAACAAGAUACAUUUGCGUCUUUCCAAAAAUCAGAGUAACACAAAUGGCUUCACAUAGUCACCCAGGUGUGUUGAGGAUGAGACGUCUCUUUUAUCAUUGUCUUUUUUGUUCUUCAGAAGACUGAAAGUAGAGACUGAGGACACGUGGCUGCAGGCAUCUGCGCCUUUCCUGAAACGUGGCAGUCAUCACAAAUGAUAGAUUUUCCAAAGACUUUGUGAUGAAAGCGUAAAAGGCUAUUUUCAUUGUUUUGUUUACAAGUUGUCAUGGAAAUUUUUUUUUUUUUUUUUUUAAAUCAUUUUUAUGAAUUUCAGGAGAAGUUUACUCAAUAUUUUCAAGGGCCAGAACUUUACACAACCUAAAUUGUCCCUCGUCCAACAUGACGACCAGACAACCAGUGUUGCCACCAAAGCAAUUUUUGAUGCACUGUACUUCAUUUUAAAAAAUAUUUUUUAAGUUCAACAUUUUCAGCGUUGUUUGUGUUGUAGCUUUUCAUACACCUUGGUGAUCUCACUCCUUAGCAGCUCUUAAUAGGCUAUUUAAUUUAAAGUCAGUGAUUUAUUUAUACCGUCACAGCACAUAACAUGAAAUCAAAUGAUUAAAUUUAAGAAUGUAAUUUAUCGUUCAUUGUUUGUCAAAUGACUGUUUCUUCUCACUUUGCCUUUAUCCUAUUCUUCUGUAGUGUUGUUUUUUUGUUUUUUUAAUUUGAUAGAUUUUUGGAGAAUGUUCACAAGUCCAAACAAAAUUCCACCAAGUGUGGGCCUACAAUUGAAACAAGCAAAAAUAUUUUCAUGUUGAAAAACAAUACUCUAUAAAGAGAUUCCAUGGGCAAAAUUGAGAGCACAUGUUUUGUAUAAAUAUUUUAUUGUUGAAUAAAGUUGUUUUUUUUUGGUUUUUUUUCUUCCUUUUCUUCUUUUCAUAACCUGUUCUUGUUUCAUUGUUUCUCAAUGCAGUGCAGAAAAUAACGCCAAUACCACUGACUGUAAGUAACACUGUCAAAUUUCCAGUGAACAGAGAAGCGGUAAUUUCCUUUGUGCCCUUAAUUAUGGCUCUUUUCAUUUGUAAUGUUCAUUGUAAAUUAAAGGCUUUUGAAAAAUA